AUGUGAGGCGGUUGGUUGGUGUGAGGCCGCGCGUCUUAUUGGCGGGUGUCUGUCAUUGUUAAUCUGAAGGAAACACACCAGAAGAAGUGUUGGCGGUUAGCUGCUAGACCCGCUUUAAAAUCUCCCAGCUGAUUCUCAGAUAGCACUAACGUAGUUUAACUUACAAAGUAUCAAGAAAAUGUCGAACUGGAUCAGAAGCAGACGACGUGAUGCUCACAGCAGCGAUAAUGAAAACAGGAGCGAAGGCCCUUCUCGAUGGUCCCAUUGCAGGAAAAGAGGGAUUGAUGGAAGCCUGCGGUCCAGUAGAGAUGGAGGUGACGGGGUGAACAAUGGGAGCACUGACAGCAGAGACAGACACUCUGACAGCAGACAUGCCAGUUUCACCACUCCAGAAAGCAGAGGCCCGGUGUCUCGGUGUGACAGACAGGGUGACUGGGGCAGCCAGGUGGAGGACGCUGAGAUGAGGAGAGAUGUACACAGAGACAUGCAGCGUUACAGGAGGAGGAUACUGGGUGCAGAGGUCACCCAGAGAGAGCGAAAGAUCUCCUCUGGCUCUUCUGAGAGCUGUGACUCCAGAGAGGGAGAAAACAUGGAGACUGAUGAGGCUGUGUUGUUACGGCGACAGAAACAGAUCAACUAUGGCAAAAAUACACUGGCCUAUGAUCGAUACACCAAGGAAGUUCCCAAACACAUGCGUCAGCCGGGUGUUCAUCCAAAGACUCCCAAUAAGUUCAGGAAGUACAGUCGGCGCUCGUGGGACCAGCAGAUCAAACUGUGGAAGGUCAAACUGCACGCCUGGGACCCCCCAGCAGAGGAGGGCCAAGACAAAGUCCUCGAUAACAUUGAUGAGCUGGGUCUCGAUGAUGUGAUGGACAUUGAGCUGGACUUCCCAACCUUGUCAGACUCUCAGAAUGCCACAGUGUCUCUCACCGCACGCAACAUUUCACUCGAGGGUCAGGGUGAAGACUGCUCGGGAACUCCAGUUAAAGUACAGAAGACAGAACCCUCAGCAGAGCCCGACAUGGCAUAGCUCAUCCAUCACCUUCUGCAAGAAAAUUCAACAUGUUCACACACAUUUCAGAUGCUUCGGCCGUUUGUCCUGACAACCUACCAUGCUACCCACAGUGCCUCUGUUCCAGGUGCCAUCUACUUGAUCUGCUUGAAAUGAUGCUGAACCUGCACAGCUUCAGUGCUGUGUGUGCCCCAGCUGGUAGUUAUUAAUUCAACACUGUAAUACAUUAAGUGUUCUUUUUCCAUGAAUAUAGUCCUUUCUAAAGGGACAGUUCACCCCAAAAACAAACACACACAUUUUUCCUCUUACCUGUAGUACUGUUUAUCCAACUAGAUCAUUUUGGUGUUUACGCAAGAUAACUACAGACCUUGCUGUAAAGCAGUUUCACAUAGGAACUGUUUUCCUUCUACACAACCACGAGUAGAUUAUAGUUCCUACAUGUGGAUUUUCUUGAGUAAGUGGGUCAUGACUGGAAAGAGACAUUGCUGUUGAGUUUUUCACAUGUAUUUUGGUGUUUGGGCCAUGCAGCUCCAUUGUAUUGUAUUGGAGAGAAAGCAGACAUCUCUACAGCCGAUAGCUCCAAAACUUGAAUCUCAGACCAAAAUGAUCUAGAUGGAUAAAUAAGUGAGUGGUAAAAUAUGUAUGUUUGAUUUUGGGAUGAACUGUUCCUUUAAUCCAUAUGUUGCAACCUUUAUACAGAUUAUUAUCUGCUCAGGGAAUCUUAUUUCAUGGCAAGAUUUUACAGUUGCAUGUUUAAUGAAAGGAUAUGGCUAGUAUUUAUUUUUACUGUCAACAAAUCAAAAAAAAAAAGAAGGAAAAAAAUACCUAACCAUUUUAUCAGGGUGAUGGAAUACAGCACAGAGCUGAUGAGAUGCAUCAGGCUCUGGAUACACACAUAAUACUUGUUAGUAGUUAAGUUUGUUGUUAGUUUGAAUCCAAAUAUGAGAUUUGUUGACAACAAGUAAAAUAGAAAGUUGCUGCCUCAUCCUUUAACGUUCCUUCUGUUUAAUGGCUGAGGCUUGAAGCACUGAUGUGUGUCCUGGCAGAGCAGGCAUGCACGUUUUGUCAUGUCCAUUUGCUCCAAAUGUUAACUCACAUCCUGUUUAUAUUUGCUAAAUAGAAUUAGAAACUAGUUUAAAGGAGAUGGGCAAACAAAAGGCAAAGUAUUUACCUUUAUUGUGGUUUAAGAUUUUCUUUCAGUUAUGUACAAUUUUAAAUGCUGAAGAGUACAAUAACUAUGGGCUGUGAUUAGCUUUUACAUGGGUUGUGUUUUUAAUACAAAUGUUAUUGUGUUACUUAUUGUUUCCUUUUAUG